AUGAGCAACGAAUCUAAGCGCCGUCGUGUUGAUCCGCCCGCGCGCGAAGCGCCGAGCGUCGACGUCGACGACGACGUCUCCCCGGGCGACGUCCUUCGCCUCCUUUUAGCGCGGUUCGAAAAGCAAGAAGAAAAGCUCGAACGCGUCGGGGCGGAGCUCACGGCGACGCGGAGGGCGCUCGCCGAGCUCACUGAUGUCGUCGAAUCAAUGACACCGACGUUCGACGUCAACGAGCAACUCGCGAGCGUGGUCUUCUCGCACGUGAACGACGUCCGAACGCGCGUCGCCCUCUCCCAGGUGAGCUCCGUGUGGCGCAGGGCGUCGAAAGUCGUGUCUGCGCAGCCGGCCGCGCUCGAGUUCAGCCCUAAGAUGCUGGAGUGGUAUCAGAAGGGUGCACGGCUUGGCAACACUGAGUGUGAGAGGAUGUUAGGGUGCCUCUACUUUCUAGGCGUCGGCGUGGAGCGAAACCUCGACACGGCGAUGCAAUACUUCGAGAAGGCAGCCGCGAAGGGUCACGCCGCGGCACAAAACGGUGUUGGCAGAUGUCACUACGAGAAGGGGCGAUACGAGGAGGCGUUCAAAUGGCACACUAAAUCGGCCGCUCAAGGAUACACUAACGCGGAAAUCAACCUUGGGAUCCUCUACGAAGACGGCCUCGGCGUGACAAAAGACAUCUCCAAGGCCAUCGAGUGGUACACGAAAGCCGCGGAGAAGGGCGUCGUUAUCGCGGCAAAAUGCCUCCGCAAACUCACCCAACCGGCGGCGUAA